AUGACGACCCCGACUGCGGAUGUCUUGGCCAUCGCGAAUCUCCUCAAGCGAGAGCGCUUUUAUCGUGAUACUGCACAGUGGGAACUCUGUCGAGCAACGUUCCACCCAGAUGCAAGCGCCACACACAUCAAUGUCGCAUGGUACGAAGGCAACGUGGACGAAUUCCUGCGCAAAUCAGCCCACAUGCACAAAGGCAAAGUGAACAUCAUCCACGCUUCCUUCGACCCCGUGGCAAUCCACGUGCUCGGCGACCGGGCCAUCAGCGAAGCCUUCUGCCUAGUCACCAGCGCCGUCACUCUCAACGGCAUCGACUACGAACUUGCCUCUCACAUGCGCUUGUUCAGCCGCCUGCGACGCCUAAGACUGUCUGACGCCCAAACCCAACCCCCCAACCCCCCCAAUCCCAACCCCAGCCCCAACCCUAACCCCAACAAUCACGAUGAUCAUCAGCCCACCAGCAGCAGCAGCAGCAGCAACCCUCAGCCCAACCCUGACAGCGCUAGCGAGUGGCGCAUUCUCAGCGUGGAGUCCAGCUACGUGCGAGACCGCCUCGUCACCGCCUUCCCUCACACCAGCACCAGCGCAGGGCCCGACGCGACGGUGCCGUCCGCGCUGACAGCUGACGUUCAGGCCUACCCGAAGGCUUACCGCAGCCUGGCGCUGGUGAUGCUGACCCGGGGUUUAAAGCCACGACCGGACUUGCCACACGAGGAUGAACCGGACACUGUCAGACGCUUGGCUGACCGGAAUGGGGAGUUUUUGCGAAAUGCCGAGGGUCGCGUAGUGGGGUGA